AAUUUGACACUGAAAUAGAAAUCCUCACUUAAUCGAGUUUUGCAAAAAUGUCUGAUGAGAGCAUUUCCCAUAAAGAAGACAAAGAAAAUUUGCUAUACAUAGCAAGAAAAAUCAAUUUAGAAGAAUUUUCUUAUGGAGACGAUCAUGGUUAUGUAAGAGAAUCUAUACUCUCCACAUCUACCAUUUUCUCCACAACCAAGACUGCUUCAGAUGUUGCACUAGCAGCACAAAAGACUGAGCUAGGUCCGAAACUGUUCAAGAAUCCUGAGGUUGUCGAAAAAACUAGACCAUUCGAUUUACAAUGGUCUUUUGGUAUAAACGCGAGAGUUAAAGUACGAAAUAUGACCACAGCAACUCGUCGUGAGAUAUUCUUCGCUAGCUCACACUUCCCAAUACUAUACGAUUACUGUUCAAGGACAAUGACACAUUUGGAAGGCCAUCAUCAAAUCAUCUCAGACAUCUCCGUCAGUCAGACAGGUAGAUGGAUAAUAACAUCAGACGAUGACUUGGAUGGAUUUUUACAUGUUUGGGACAGCGAAAAAGAUCUAUCAAAAAGCGGACCAGUUAGAUCGUUCCAUGGAAUAUACCCACAUUCAGGAAUAAUUACUGUUAGAAUCAGUGGCAGUGCCAAAUUUUUUGUCACCAUUGGUUCGCACAAUAAUGAAGAAUAUUCGGUAGAUUUUUGGCUGUGGACAUUAGGAAAUGACAAACCAGAUGAUUCAUACAUUGUUCCAAAGAGUUAUGGAACUCCUGUAUGCGUGAGAACGAAUCCUGACAUCGAAGAGCAUAUCAUGGUGAUAUUUUCCAAGCGAGUAGUUUUUCUAAUUUGGGACAAUGAGACAAAUAAGUUCGUCAAUCCCGUUACGCCCCAAUUACUCCAUGCCAAUAAAUUGGGACAAUUCACAGACGGUACUUAUAUGAAAAAGUGUCACGAGUGCUACGUGUCGUCGAACAACGGUUUUCUGUCGGUAUUUGGAAACACCCUGUAUUCCAGACCUUUCGAAGAGGGGGAACUUGACAACACGAAGAUUUUCCAGACCGGCGUUAAAAUUUCUCCCGUGUCUAUUUUGGCAUGUACUGCGAACGAUGGACAUUUAGUGAUAGGAGAUCAGAGGGGCUACAUUUUAUUCUUUGACAAACGAGUCAGGCUCCUUUACUGGUUGUGUGAUUUCAAAUUAGGCCCAGUUAAAUCAAUCACUUUCAACUUGGGUCCAAAAUUUACAUAUCAAGAUGGAAAUAAAUAUUUCAUGCCAAAAACCGAUGAUCGAGGAUUGCCCUGUGAGUUGGUAGAUAUGAUUGAAGAAAUGGAAAUGUUGUUUCGAAAGGAUUUACCUAAGGAUGCGACUUUGAAAAUGGCUCCAUUUAUAGUUCCAGAUUUUGUCGUUGGAACUACUGAUGGAAAUGUAUAUGCAGUGGAUUGCAUCAAUAAUACAUGCACUCCCAUAUUUUAUAUCGCUGAUGAUGUUGUAUGUGCAAUAACAACGCAUAGGGAACUGAAUUACAUAGUAAUUGCCUAUGGAAGUGGCCGAAUAUCUUUGAUGGAUUACGAAACAUAUGAACUCAUACGAGCUACUGUACUUCCACCUGCCUCAAAUGAAGAUGGAGACCCAGCUGUUAUCACCUGCAUCAAGUACAGUCCACAAGCGUUCCAUCUAGUAUGUGGUAGGAGUAAUGGCGAAAUUUGGAUAUUGGAGCCGAUCUUAAUGGACCCAAAGUUGUCGACUCCUUUCAGAAUUACGAAGCAUAAAGUGGUCAAGAUUGAGUUUUCACACAAACCGAUGCAGUUUGCUUAUUUCGAUGAUAAUCGGGCAGUCGUUAUCUUCAGUUACAACCUUGAAACAAGCUCAUGGGAGUUUCAAGGAAAAAUAAGGCCUCACUAUGAAGACAUCAACGACCUUAUGUUCAUCCCAGGAAACGUAAACUCCAAACUAUAUACAAUUUCGAAGGAUAGGCAUCUGGUUGAAUAUAACAAUGAUAAUCUUGAAAAGGAGGAGUUUGGAAUAGAGAACAGAGAUCGAAUAGAGCAAUCCGCAAUACCUAUGAGUUUCACUUAUUGGGUAACAACAGUGGCUGAUAAACAACUGGGGUAUAUGCUGUUUGCAGAUAAUAAGCAUAAAUUGAAAUUCUUAUACCAAUCCUCGAAAGUUCCUAAAUCAUUGGUGCUGGCUCCAGCGUUUGGAUGCUUCAAGAAUCAGCUGAUUCGCAAAAUGAUGAUUAUACCACAGUGCGAAUCCAAGUACAUGAUAUUUUCAACUGGUAAACAUUUCGGUAUACAUAUCCUGCCACCCGACGGAAAUCCAUAUAAAUACGUGGGAUAUUUGGCACAUCCUACAGGGCUUCAAGAUUUCGAUAUUUCAUUCGACGGACGUUAUAUUUUCACAUUCGGAUUGGAUGACCGCUGCGUUCUGAAAUGGAAGAUCAACACUAAAGCGGUGGAGAUCAUGAGGGUUUUAGGUGGGAAAGAGCUGGAACCUUACUAUUGCCUAAUUGAAGGAGGAUACAACGGCUGGCUAUUCAGAGAGAUAAAGGAUUUGUUUUAUUACAUGCAGAUUUUGCAACAGGAAAAUAUCGACUUGCCCAGAAGAGUAUCAGAUAGCAUAUCUAUUACGGAAAUACCGGAUUUAUUCAGGACAUGUGGAUUUUAUCCUUCAGAAUUCGAGUUGGAGAACAUAAUGAUCGAUGUGAGAUUCAGAAAUAUGGAUGAAUCGCAGAAAAUAAACGAAGAAGUGAAUUUCAUCGACUUCGUGAAACUUUUCUGCAAUCACAAGCCUGUUUACGGACUCUCUAAGGAAAGACUGGAAGAAGCUUUCGAUAUAAUCGUUGAUUGUGCAGACGAAUACAACCCAAGUGGAGUGAUCGAUACUGAAGAAUUGAUCGAAUUACUAAAGACUAUGGGUGAAACAAUGAGUCACUCAAAUCUAUUCAAGUGCUUCAAGACAUUGAUGAGGGUGGAAAAUGCCGAAGAAAAUAGAUUAGAUUUUCUACCAAAGAAAAUGACGUUCAACUUAUUAUUUGAAGAUAUUCUUGGUAUCGACAUGGAGAGAUCACAAGUAUUUGGAAGCGAAUCCGACGAAAUUGGAAUUGCUGAUGAAGAUAUUGAUUUUGACGAUGAAUACUAGACCCUGAAUUUUACAUAAAAGACCAGGUGCAGUCGAAUUUUUCAGAAUUGGCAUGCUAUGAAAUUAUAAUUAUAAUUAUA